CGACGGGAGUGGGGCGCGAUGUCCGCCUGCGGCCGCCGGCGUCGGGGCUGAUGGGGGCGGACGGGAGCGCUGCCAUUGAGCUGAGCCCGGGGCCUCGGCUUGGGAGCUCUGCCGUCCCUCAACACUCUGCGCCGAAUGUCUCUUGUCCUUUGCAGCAAGCUGCUAGCCUUGGAAAGGGAUUCCCACUCCUUCCCCCGCGGAGGUCCGCAGGACGGAGUGCAGUGGCGGAGGAGAGAGGGGCACAGCUGGAAGCGGGCGGUCCGGAGCCGUCCGCCCCCCCACCGCUGCAGGGUACCUGGGGGUGCUGGAGGCAAGCUCCGCGAAGCUCCGCCAAGCAGCGGCUUGGCAGAUGUAGAUGCGUGCGCGUGUGUAUGCUUAACGCUUUCUUGGCUCCCCGGAAUUGUACCAUGCUGAAGAUCCUCACCAAAAAGCUCAGGAACCAGAGUUUGAACGAAAUUCAACCUUUCCAGCUAAAGAUCUCCUACCCCCCAAGUGAUGAGGACAGCGAUGACUCUGAGGGAGAGAACCAGGAACUUGCUCAGAUCGACAGAGAGAGAAGAAGGAAUUGUACCCUGACCCCUCUGGCCACCAACCAGCUCCAGAACCAGGAGAACCAAUGCUGCAAGGUUCGGGCCCUCUUCCAUGCCAGCCUUGACCGCCACAGCUCAGAAGAGGAGCUGGAGCGCAUCAACCGAGAGUUUGCUGCUGAGAAGCGGAAGUGGUCCCAGGUCAGCAGGCUUGCCUGCUGCAGCGACAGCAACAAUACCUCCUCCAGUGAUGAAGAAGUGAAGAACUUGUGCGCGAUGUCCUUCCAGCCUGUGGCAGAGCAGGCUGAUGGCCUGUACGCCAGCCCAAGCCCUGUGCUGUUCAGUGCCUCCCCUCCCAAGAGACUCCAGCCCCUGGUGCGGAGCCCAGCCUCCAGACCUUUAAUCUUCACAAGUGUUGGGGCGGGCCUUGAGCAAGUCAUGCCUUGUAAGAGACAUCGACAAGGAUACGGGGAUAAGGUCAGCAGGCCCAGCCUUGACCUGGAAAAAAUGCAGCAGAAGAUGCUGCUCAAGAAGAAUUGUGGAGUGCAGACUAGAGUUAUUAAAAUUCAUAGCAUUAAUGGAGGCCGCCCACCACCCCACUUUGUGUAUGAUCCAUCCACCUUUGCCUUCCGUUCCCUCAGCACCUUGAAGCCGCUGAGCCCAAUAGCUCCAGUGGAAGAACCGUCAUGUGCCUACUGAAGGAGUUUCUCCAAAAACCUCAGGAACUAUCGACCAACCACCUGCCUGGCAGGGAGGAGGGGAGGUGGUGAUACCCAAGGGGAUGGGAGGGAGAAGGAGACAAUGACAGAUCUUUGCAAUAGAGCCUCUCUGGCAGCAUUGACUUUGCAGCAGUGACUGCUUUCAUACCAUUGCCAUAUCUGAAUAGUGGCAAAGGGAGAGAUUUUUGUCUUUCAGGGCAAAACAAACCAGUCAGGUCCACAAACUGCAAGGGCAGCCACCAAGGCAGUGUCAAACAUGGGGAUGGUGGUAGCUGAAGAUAUCUGAGGGGUUCAGGGGCUAGUAUGGCCUACAUGGCAGCAGGGGUGAGUGAUCAGGGUGUGAAACCAAGUCCAGUCAGUUUCCCAAGAGUACCUGAGUCUACAAUGCUUUGCUAUACACCUGACCCUUCUCCCAGUCAGAAGUGAGCUCAGGGUUGGAGACAGAGGCUAUACAGGAUUGCCUGAAAAGCAAGAAGAUCCUUCUCUGAGAUUGUUAUAAUUGCAUUCACUUCAAGCUGUCUUAAGUGGAAGACCCUAGGAGAGGGAGGUGGGAGGGGGUAACUGGCACAUCUCUCUGUGUGUUCCACCUGGUCUGCUGGCAACUCAGUGGUAUUGUCUAAAAUGGGAUUAAAAUGGGAGGCAUGAGCCUCCCACUUGUAGAUCAAGGGUUAGAAUGAAAUUCUAGAAUGGAAGGUCUGUAUUCAGCUAUCCAAGAAAACACAGUGCCCACCCUCAGUCCUCAGCAUCAUCAGAGAGAAGAACUUGGGGGUGACCGUGUGCUCUUGGAUCUCCUCGCUGCUGAGGCUGUCUGUGUUCUGGGAUAUGCAGCACUUCCCCAUAGCAUUGUCCAAAUACCCUGCUGCCCUAACAUGAUGCUGAAGGUAACUGGUAUCAUCAAACUCAGCCAAAUCUAAUGUCUCCAGCAAGCUUUCCACUCCCCUGUUAUGCUGGCUAUUAAAUUCAAGUGGACUCUUCUUGUAUCAGUGGAACAAGUAUUCCCAGAUGUAGCGUGGAGUGGGAGAAAGAGGUCUCUGUUUUGUGGCCACCUGUUGGUGGAAGAAACAGGAGGGGAGUUUGGGUGAAGCUGUGGGACAUUUCUCCAUAGACAGUCCGAAGGCAGUUAGGACCAUGCUACCACUGGAGUUUCACUGGGAACUGGCCUUGAGGCAUGUACGUGUUUUGUGCCACAAGGCAAUGGCUAAUAGAACAAGCUCUUACUUCUCUUGGUGAGGCAGAGGAACAAGGCAUUUCCUCUCGCUGCACCUGGUGGAGAGAGUAACCGCUUUGUCUAUGUGUUCCCUACCUUGAGCCUGUAUCUGGCUGAGUGCAAGGGGGAAUGAGUAGUUCACUUCUUGUCUGGAUCAAGAGGAGCAACUGUGAGUAAUAUAAAAUAAUUUUUGCUUUUAAAUCUCCAGUGUGGAGUUCUUUGAUGUCAUUCUUUCAGUGAGACUGGUGGUCAGUCCAGCUGCCAGUAGGAGGCCACACAGUGAACCAGCAUUCACUGGUGCUUUCUGGGCCCUUCAUUGAGAUCCUUGGGGAAAGCUCAAAGGCUGCAUAGGCCUGGGGACCUGAAUCCCCUACCCCUACCCUCCUCCCUUCCCAACUGCCUCUCAGGCAGGCAGAGAAGCUGGGCAAGGCAGUGAGGGGACAUCUGUCCUGAUGCAGCCCCAGCUCUGCCUGCUUUUCAGCUCCAGACUGUCACAUCUGGGCCACCCCCUGCACCAGCACACCUCCAAGGGCUCACUUGUGUUUGCUGGUGAGGUACCUCUGGCAGAGCAUCGUGAUUCCCUGCAAGAAGUCCCUUCUUCCAACAGAGGCUGAUUCCUCUGCUGAUUCUUCCUGCUCCUGUAGAGACUCUGCUUAUCUUGUUUUGAUGGCACACCUCCACUUUUCAACUGUUGCCAGAUCAAGCUGACCAGUGCAGGACAGGAACCAUUGCCCCUUUGGGCCAAAUCCCUGUGCUCAGGAGAAGGGACAGCCAUAGCCUGGUACGUGUCUGAAGAGGCACAUUCCCUGUGCAGAUGGCUGGGGCAGCAGCCCUGGCAUGGCCCUGCGCCCUCAGGCUUUGCUCAGUGAGAGCUGCUGAGGUGCUUAGCCCCAGAGACGUGUUUCUUCCAGCCUGUGGGUGCGACAGCCUGCCUUCCCCUGGGUGGGAGCGGGGAACAGGGAUGUCCUGCAGAUAUCAUUGCCUUUUAGUACUUUUGUAAAUUCUCUCUGUCUUUUUCAAUCAGAAGGAAAAAUAAAAACAACAAAAUAAAG